AUGCAUGCCUUACAGCCCUCACAUCUAUACACUCGUUUGAUAGACACAAUACCCACAGCCUUGCCUUGGUCCUCUGGGAAUUCAUCGGUGAAAGGAGAUCCGAGAAAGAGCGUCAAAUGGAUUGAUGGCCUCCGAGGAAUCGCCUCAUUCUUAGUAGUACUAACCCAUCUCGCCCGAGCAUGGGACUACGAUCUGUUCUCACCUCGCGACAACGAGAACGCCUCCCCACGAAUCCUCCAAUGGCCCAUCCUUCGCAUCCCCUGGCAAGGCCGUCUAGGAGUGACCAUCUUCGCCUUCCUCACAGGCUAUGUCUGCGCGCUCAAACCGCUCAAACUCUCCCGCGCAGGUGAUACCAUGGGAGCAUUCACCACAAUAGCCAAAAGCGCUUUUCGUCGACCACCACGACUCAUCUUCCCGGCCACUAUUGCUCUGAUUAUCUCCUGGACUGUUGCGCAAUUUGGCGGGUUCAUCGUUGCCAACAGGUCCGAUUGCUGGUGGUGUCGGUAUGCGGCGCCAGAUCUGGAGGAUUCGUUUUGGAAAGAACUCAUUCGUCUGCCGAUGAAUUUCCUGUCGACUUGGACGACGGGAUACAUGGCGUAUGAUGAUCAUCAAUGGGCACUAUUGCCGUUGCUUUUAUCGUCCAUGCUCGUUUAUAUUCUUCUUUCGGCGACUAUGUUCGUCAAGUUCCGCUUUAGGGUUGCGAUCUAUAUAGGCAUGUUGCUGUAUUUCCAUCAGGAUGGGGCCAAGAAUACAGUGCUUGCAGGAGAAACCCAUGUUCCUUCGCUAACAUCAAUCCAUCCAGAAACCUUCCAAACACAAGCCGUCUACGGCAUGCUCCUCUGCGAUUUCUCAUACCACACGCCCCUCAAAGACUGGAUAGAAAACCACCCGCGAGGCAGGAAGAUGCUCACUAUCCCGCUCACUAUCAUCGGCUUGUUUCUUGCCUCAUACCCGGGCGAACACCCCGAAUGGGCCGGCUGGUCCAACACGAUGUUCAAAGCCAGCCACUACAUCUUCCCGCCAGGAGUCAACAUCGGCAAACGAUACACGGCACUCGCAAUUGACAUGAUCAUCCUAGCGAUCUUCUUCUCGCCUUCAACGAAGAAUUUCCUCUCCAGCAGACUCCUCCUCUGGCUCGGGAAGCAGAGCUUCGCUGUCUAUCUCAUCCACGGCACGAUGCUGCGCGUUGUGCUUUGCUGGAUGCUAUAUGGUAUCAGUGGCCAGCCGUGGGAAGGGCCAGAGGCGAAAACGGAUGACCAGCGGGACGAUUGGUUGCCUAUUCGGCCGCCUUGGGUGGUUGCGAUUAGUAUUCCGGUUUGGAUUGGGAUGGUUUAUGUCCUUGCAGCGUUGUGGACGGCGUAUGUGGACAAGUUCUGUGCUUCGUUGACACAGAAGUUGGAGAGGGCGGUUUUUGUGGAGGAUGAGAAGACGCCGUUGUCUUUGCCAACUGUUUCGGUUCCUAUGCAGACGAAUUGA